UUUGCCAAUACAAAACCCUGGUGUUUAGGCAGCACCUUCCUAAUAUUUCCUGUAUUUUAACCAAAGACGUGUCUCUCUGCUUCCUUUGAUCCUCAGGAAUGUUUCUGGCUGACCUGAUAGAGAAAUACUUUGUUUCACCAACGCUCUUCAGGGUGAUUCGUUUGGCUCGAAUCGGCAGAAUCCUGCGACUCAUCAAAGGUGCCAAGGGAAUCCGAACUCUGCUGUUCGCCCUCAUGAUGUCACUUCCUGCUUUAUUCAACAUUGGCCUCCUACUGUUCCUAGUCAUGUUCAUCUUCUCCAUCUUCGGCAUGUCCAACUUCGGCUACGUGAAACAUGGGGCUGGGAUUGAUGACAUGUACAACUUUGAGACGUUUGGAAACAGCAUGAUCAUCUUGUUCAUGAUCACCACGUCUGCUGGCUGGGACGGCCUUCUGUUGCCCAUUCUUAACUACCCUCCAGACUGUGACCCCUUACUGGAAAACGCUGGCACCCCUGCCACUGGAGACUGUGGCAACCCAUCUGUGGGCAUCUUCUUCUUUGUUAUGUACAUUAUCAUUUCUUUCCUAAUUGUGGUCAACAUGUACAUUGCCAUCAUCUUGGAGAACUUCAGCGUGGCCACAGAGGAGAGUGCCGACCCACUCAGUGAGGACGACUUUGAGACCUUUUAUGAAAUCUGGGAGAAGUUUGACCCAGAUGCCUCCCAGUUCAUCACCUAUGCUAAGCUUUCUGACUUUGCAGAUGCACUUGAACACCCGCUGCGCGUCCCCAAGCCCAACACCAUCGAGCUGAUUGCUAUGGACAUGCCUAUGGUGAGUGGAGACCGCAUUCAUUGCCUGGACAUCCUGUUCGCCUUCACCAAACGCGUGCUGGGCGACAGCGGUGAGUUGGACAUGCUGAGGCAACAAAUGGAGGAGCGUUUUGUAGCCGCCAAUCCUUCCAAGGUCUCUUAUGAGCCGAUCACCACCACUCUGAGGCGAAAGCAGGAAGAUGUGUCUGCCAGGAUUAUUCAGAGGGCCUACCGUUCCUACCUGUCCCGGCGGGGAUUUGUAUGUAAGCGCAAACCAGCCAACAACAAACCUGAGAACGAUGGGAACAAUCAGGAACAAGAAAAGAAGGAGAGCACGCCAUCGACUGCCUCCCUGCCUUCUUAUGACAGUGUAACCAAACCUGAUAAGGAGAAACAGGAUGACAACAAUGAGGGGAAAGGAGACAGGAAAGAGAAAGGGAGAAACCAAAAAGACAUCAGGGAAUCUCAAUGUUAGGGGGAGGGGUCAGGCUGGAUGAAUAAUCACAUUAAUAACAAUAAAGUAAUGUAACUUCAAGCAAAGUGAGAGGAAACUCACCCACACAGAUGUACAGACUAUUGCAUUUGCAAGUAAAAAAUAGUAUUCAAUAAUUUUGUUUACAGACUUCAUUACURUAUUGAUGCAGAAGGAAGAAGCUCCGUCUACGACGGCUUGAGGACACAUGAUCAGGAUUCUGUGGGGCAUUGUUGUAAUGGAAACAGAGGAGGGAAUGUCUGGUGCUCAUCUGCCACUGGUCUAAAGAUACGACAAAGGAACUCUACACCAAGAGGUGGGAUGCAAAACAGGAGUUCAGCACCUAAGAUGCAACUGAUGGAUUCCUAAAGGAAACCGCUCUGUGAAAUGGGAAAACGAGAAUGCUGCUUAAUAUUCAAAGUGUCCUCUUAAAGCAGCCAAAGUGUUUCUGAGUCAUUUAUUAGUGACACACUCACUCUAAAAGCAAACUCUAUGAAGACUUUUGAGUGAAAGACAAAGUCUUGAAAGCAAUUUCUUUUCUUUUAUUAAAGCUAGAGUGUUUUUUGUUUUCUUUUUGUGUGCAGCAAAAAAAUGUAAACAAAUGAGAAAAAAAAGAAUAACCAACGGUUUGCCCAUGCCACUCAACCUCCUCUAAUCAUUUUAUCUUUGUUAGUACCCACAUCAAAAUGCUUUCUUUUACAUGGGCUUUUACACCAAAUUGGUAAAACGGUCUGUUUCUCAUGGGGAGGUCAACUCGGGCCAAGGGCUUACAUUUACUCAGAGAGAUUUCCAAACAGUUACAUAAAUAAUUGUGCUUGUUCAAUGCAUAGAAAUGACUUGCAUGAUGGCAUGUUUUUGAUCAGAAAUCUUGCAUGAAUUAACAUAGUCCACGAGACACUAAUAACGCAGACCUCACUGGUGGCUUGAUGGUACGACCCAAGCAUUUUCAGAAAUUUGGCAAACGUUUUCGCGGAACGUGGGUUGGUCAUCCCAAACAGAUCCGAUUUUUAGCUCAUCACUCAACACAUUUUAGCUGUUUGAACGAUUACCUCUGCAGACAACAGAAUGAAGCUCCUUAACUCCACCACAACGGCUCAGUGGGUAAAACGUAAGCACUUUCUUUGCUGCUAUGGAGGUUUGUUUCGAGUGUAAAAUGAAGAAAAAAAGGAUGUCUGUGUGUAUCAAUGGACUGAGAUGUUUGGUCAUUUGUACUGAAAUGUUUUUAAAGGUGCAACACUUUAAAGCUAAAGAGCUUGUUGCAGCUCAUUUGCCUUUAUGUUUGUGUAAGCAGCACUUUGAGAGUCCAACUCUAAACGGAAUGAGGGGAUUUCACAGUUUUUGUUAUUUGAUGUGUCUCUGUUGGUGGUUAGACCUUUCUGAAAGGGCUAGAAAGAGUUAUAAUUUAAAUUUACAUUAUUUGAUUUCUUUGAGCCUACAUGUAAAUGUCUUUUUUUUUUCUUGUUUCAUAUGUUUUUUUCUUCCUGAAUGUAAUUUCCUUGUUUUGAUAGGUAUCUUUGUUAUUAACCACAUGAAGCCAUGAAGGGACCUGUCUCGUCAGGAGUUAGUGGCAUCCAGUUAAAGAAAGAAACAUCAAGUUGUGAAUGGGUAAUGUGGAAAAUGUGUGGAGAAGCCAAAGAGAUCUGCCUUGUUGUUGUUGUUUUUUUGUCCAUGCAGCGGGGCUGGGUGAAGUCUGCCCUGCCCGUUCUGUUUUCCUUUGUUUUGUUUUGCUGUCGGUAUUAGACAGGAAGACCCUACAAAUGUAUGCAAUGCUUGAAAAAAAAACACCCCCUUUUCUCAGGAGAUAAUGUAGAUGUAUUAUUAAGAGCUCUGCAACAAAAUGCAACUGAAUGUGAUGAGAGUAUUUAUGAAAAACAUGUUUGUUUUUAAUUUUUUACCAUGCUGGUGGACAAUGAUCUCAGCUGGUUGUUUCAAUCUUACUGUCUUUUUGUUUGAUUGUUUGUUUUUGGGCCAGUUUAGCGCUUCCUGCUUCUGAUGCUUUGAAAUUUAGUGCUUAAUAUUUAUUGUGGAUUAGAUUUGUGGCCAUGUCAAUCUGGACUGAGGUCUGGCCUUAAUUCUUGCAGUAAACUAAAUAAAACUAUUCACCCAGAUAAUGAACACAGGAGAGAUGUCAUGAGAGUGAAUGAAGGUGGUUUGAGCAGCACAUAAGAGUAAAACGCUCAGAGGAAAGACCCCAAACUUUAGUACUCAACAACAGCUUCCAUCUCCCACAAUUCAUAGUUUUCUUCAUAUUGCUCAACUGCAUAACAAAUACCAAAUAACCAAACAGAGCACCGGAUGCAUUCUUAAGGUACUGUGAACCUAAAGCUCCCCAGCAGAGUUUUUUUGCACUACCUGUUGUGCAGCGAUGUCACUUUUCCUGUUCAUUAAAUAGUCCCUYAUUCAGUUCUCAGCGUUCCAUGCUCCAGCUGCUGCAUGAGAUCUCCAGAGUCAGUGUGGGUGUCAACUUGAACCAAAUAAAAAAAUCUGAACGACGAGCAUAAAUGCUGCUGCUGUCCCAUUUUCUCCCAAAUCUUCAUGGAUCUCCACGAUAAGUAACAAAAAUCUGCAAAGUGUUCAUCUAUGUGAUGAUAAACACAUUAACGCAAUGCUCUUUUGGUCACAAACUGCAAAACGCUAAGGCUGGACUUUUUUUUUUUUGGAUAAAAACUAUAAAUAAUGUAAUAUACUAUUUUAAAAGCAUGAGUAUUUUCUUUAUUUGUAAAUACAGGAUUACUGAAAAAGUACAAAAAUAUAUAUAUAAAUCUUGCAGCUUUUAGUCUUAACACUAAAUAUAAAUAAUCGUAACUAGAAUGGUUUCCAGCUAAUGCCCCUUUCUCACACUUGUGAGGCUGUGACACAUUGUUUGAUGGUUGAAAACCUUUUUCAGUCACUUUUCACCGUUAAAGAGGAGAAAAAGUCAAAAGAAGYUAUAUUAAGAAACAGAAGAUGUAUGUAAAACUGUAUAAAUCAAUGCGUAUAUAUACAGAGCUAUAUUACAUAUAUAUUAUAUAUAUAUUCUUUUAUACACACAUGCAGACCCACACACACACAUGCACACAUAUAUAUACAUAUAUCACGUAUAUAUGUAUAUGUAUAUAAAGUAAAACAUGUCUGUAAGUGGACUCUCCUGUCUGUUCUCAUUGAGGCGACAGCAGAUUCACAGAGUGUAACUGAUUAUGCAUCUUUCUUUGUGUGGUACGUUCAGAGAAGAAGCAGAACUCUGGCCCGCCCACGACCUCAGAGUAUGAGGCAUACAGUGCAUGAUGUCGUACCGGCUGCUUGCUGACAAUUGUGGAGCCUGCCUUGGUGAGAGGAUUGCACUACCAGCAUACCCCGCCCCCCCACACACACUUUUUUGUACUCAUUAGAAGAUGUCUUGCCCAUCAUUUCCCCAUCAGAAAUACUGUAUAUACAGACACACACACAUACACACAACCAAAACAGUUCAUUGCCUUUUAUGCAGCCAACCACUCUGAUCCACACAUCACUUUAUAAGACAAGCUAUUGCUGCAGCCCUAACCCCUCCACGCCCCCCGCCCCAACGCACAACUGCAGCUUAGAGUUUCAUUUCGCUGUCACCGUUUGAAUAUAUCUAACAGUUUAAGGGUUAGUUGUCUAAACCGUCUGUGUGUUUGUUUAUGGUGCAAUAUCUCUUAACGGCACGUGCCUUUUUAGCUUUCUAUUUAGCCAAUCACUAAAAUCUGCAACGAAGAUCUCAACACCCAUGGAGUGAAUCAAAAAGGAGCACGAUGGUUUGAUUUGAUUUAUUAUUAUCUUGAGUUCUAAAUGAACUUCAAACUCACCCCCUACAAGUCUAAAAUGUGUGGAUUAACAUCUUGUAGAGUCUUGAAGGAAGUGCUCUCUCUGUGGAUUCUGUUUACUGGCCUGUGGGUCAGAAGAAGAACAGCUUGCCUUUUGUUUAUUUAUUAUUUAUUUAUUUUCCACGUUUGUUCAUUUCCAAGUGUUAGUUUGUCAGUUGGUACACGAGGCCAUUGUUUUUUGUAGCAUGACUGAGAUGAAUUUCUUCUCUUUGAAAAAAAAAAGGUUAACUAAAAAGAAAACCAACUUUUGACUGUCAUUUCUUGCCACUAAUACAGUCAGACCGAGGACAUGUGUUGCAAACCACAUGGGACAAUUAAGUGAGAAUCAGUGAAAGAAUGUCUUCAUUUGAGCACGAAUCUAUUUCCAAAUAAUAAAGCAGCCUUCCAGUUA